AUUGUGGCCAAGAAAUACCGCAACUAUGUCUUUCCAUCCGAGAUGACAGGCCUGUGGAGGUACCUCAAGAAUGCCUACGCCCGGGAUGAGUUCGCCAACACCUGUGCUGCCGACAGUGAGAUUGAGCUGGCCUAUGCGGAUGUCGCCAGGCGCCUCAGCCGAUCCUGAGCUUGGCCAUCUGGUCCAUUUCUACUGCAGAACUUCACUUCUCCCAAAUUUCUCUGACUCUACAGAGUCCUCUUCCUUGGGAAAACCUCUUUUUUUUUUUUUUUUUUUUUCAAUUAAACCACUUCUUGCUGGUACCCCUGAACUCAACUCCAGCCUGCUGCCUUUUGAAGAUCAGCACCAUCCUUCUGCCUGGUCGGGCAGGAGCCUGGAAAACAGAGAGGAUACAGCAGUUAACCUGUCCACUUCUGUUGUAAUCUGGGUCUGUGUAUUUGGGGUCAGUUUGGAGAGUUUUCAUGGGAUUAUCACUGAUCUCUUCUGCCAACAUCAAAAUGCCUUCUCAGAUGUUUUAGUAACUUGCAAUGCUAGCUCCUCUCUCCCCCUCCUCUUCCUCAAUAACUGCAAGGCCAAGGAAGAUGUCAUUCCAUUAUCAUUAGGGAGCGAUCCACCUUGAUCGGGGAGACAGUGGUUGCGGGGACCCAGCUGUGUAGCUCUGGGAAUCUAGCAAAGCAGUUUCAACUGCUCACUACUUCUGCCAGUCCUGUCCUUCGGACUGAGGGACAGAUUACAAAGUCCCCUUGGAUACAUCCCCAAUUUGCUGCAGUGCUGGGAAUGGUCAGCAUGAUGAUGUACUGCCUGGCACUGAUCCCAGCUCUCCUUGUAUAUCCACCUUGUCAGCUGACAUUCAAUUCCAAACUGAGGUGACACAGAUGGAGAGGAGGUACGGGACAGCAGUGUUGAUGCCAAAAGGCCCACCGGGAUCUAUAGCCACGGGGGUCACUGACUUAAGAGUAGCUAUUCAUCAGAAAUCCCAUGUGUGGGUGUGACUGUGUUCUUCAGUGAGUAACUUUGGUUCUGAUAAAGAGGUGGAAGUGGGAGGGACUGGGAUGGGAGAAGAUAAAAUUGUAUAUGAGUUUGAUGUUGCCUAGUGAACUUUUAGAGCAGUCUUUUCUUGCAUGAUCUAAGUCUUGGACUGCUGAUAGUAUCUACUAAUUGUAAAGCAAACACUCAAAGUUUGGCCAAAAAUGUCUUCAAGGUGUUUCUUCGUUAUUCCUGGAUACAGGUGGCUAGCUGGAUGUACUCGGGCUCUGUGUGCUCAGGCAAUUCUUUUGGAUUCUUCAGGUUACCCUCUGAUGGUAGGGGGAUGUUAUUAGGGAGUGGUGUAAUCAUGGGCCAUCUUGGGAAGACAGUCCAUGGGUCUUUCUGAGUGGGCAAAUCACAUGGUUUGGACUGAAGAAAAAAUAUAUACCCACAGUGGAUUCAUUUUCCUACCACUAGAGUCAACUAAGUAUCAGAGUGAACAACAGGGCAAUCCGUUUUUUAGCUAACGUUCCUCUUCUUAGUCAUUCUCCUUGAGCUUCACCUGCAGAGCUCACAGAACCUGAUUAUGGGGACCUGGGCUGACCGGGCACUAAGACAAAUGAGAUAAUCAUCAGCUCUCCCUCAACCAGUGAGGCCUUGGAGGAAACACACCCGAGCAGGGCCUCUCCUUCAACAAUCCUGCCUUCUGUGUCACUGCUGGGGGAGGGCGAGGCUCCUGGGAGCCAUUAAGCCCCUACUUGGCUCAUUGCUCAGGAGGGUGGGACAGCACGGGUCCUUUCCAUAGAAACAUCAACACAGUCUAACCAGAGCAAUCACUGGACCUACCUGCCUCCAAGGACCUCCGAAGCAAAAAAGUGACCAUUGAUCAGGAGAGAGGAAGCAGGAGUUCUCCCAAGCUAGUUGAGGAAGAGGACACCGCUGACUGGGACAUUUUAUAAGUCUUGAGAACGCUUUCAAAGGGGCAAAAUGAAUCGAUUCAUUUCCACUGCUAGAGGAACCUUUCCACAGGCUCUCAGCAAGCUGCCCCUGGAGAUGUUUAAAAUGUGGCACUGGUGAGGAACAGGCUCUUUUUACUGCAGGGAAGAGCCCCAAAUGGGCCUCCUGGGGAUGAGAGCUUCCGGAACCAUCCGGAAGGCCUUUUAAUUAGCAGGAAAUCAUGCUGUUCUCAGGAACCCUUCCCAGAACUUACAAGCAGGCAAGGUGACCCCCAGGCAGCUCACAACCCUGUGCCCCACAGAUGGGCUGACACUUAAACCGUGAAUGCCCCACAUAUGGAAGGCACCAGAGGGAGGUGGGGGAAAGCUCAGAAUGCUGAAGGGAGGUUGUGAGUCCAGCCAUUGGCAAGACUUUAAAAACAAACAGGCCGAGCUAGUCAAUAUUGCUGUUUCUAGACGUUCCUCCUGUGGUUGAGUUAGUUUUAUAUAAAUAACAAUAUUUAGGCACUAUAGGAGGGUAUUAUAGGAUCAAUUGUAACCACUUUGAAUAGGAGCAGGAAUCAUAGAAAGGAGGCUCUUCUGGGAACUUAAUUCAGAAGUAUCUUCUAAUUUCACCAGGUUGUCAUUUAAUGAGAUGGACCACCCGUGUGGAGUCAGGAUGUCUUAUGACAGAUUUAUCAUAGUGUAUAAAAAGAGCAAAACCAUGAAUAAUGUCACCUUAUUUGUUUUCCCAGAGAUUUCUCUCCAGAGGAUCUAGCCUCUCUGGGCUUUGGCCUUAACUUUGUGUGUACCGCUUACCAUCUCUGCUGCCAGGUGGUGAGGUCCUAAGUCUCAGCUCGUGGAGUUUGGGAGGGUUUACAGUGUGGACACUGCACUCCAGAGACUUUGGAUAGGAGGUAGACCUGGUAAUCAAUCCUGAGUAAAAGUCGGUCACUCAGAAAGCAUUUUGGUAGCACAGAAAGGGAAGCUAUUUCUGUUGAGCUAUUAUUUUUAUUUCUCUCCUUGAACUGUCACAUGACUUAUUUUGGGUGAGGUAAGUGGAAGGCAAGACAGGCCCAGAAUUCUUGAGUUGAGUUUACCCAUCUGUUUAAAACUGCCUACUUCUUAGUUCACCCCGAAAAAAAGCUCUCAAUGAGAUUUAAUAACUGUAUACAGUGAACUAGAAAGUAAACUUUGGAUUACUCCAGAACAUAAUUCCUUCUUCUCCUGAAAAAGGAAAUUGAAUUCCUGGUAACUUCCGAAUCAUAGAUGUGUGUCUCAUCUUUUAAACAAGGGUUGUGUAGGUAUUUGUAGUGUAGUGCACCUGGUAGUGGACCUGGCAUCAAGCAAAUCAGUUUCCAAGUAGGAAACAGUCAGUCAGUUAAUUUGGCUACACGUUCCCAAAUUAGUUCCGGCCUCCCAGUAGAUGGCACCAUCCCUGGAGUUCCUUUCUAGUGCUGGUGGGGCCAGACAGGCUCUGGAUCUUUUCAUCAAAAAUAUGCCACUCCAAGAAUGAGGUCUGGCACUUGUUGGAUGAAGCAACAUCAUUGCUUCACGCACUUGUGCUUAGGGGUGGACAUUCCGCAGAUAGACAGUCACAAGUCACAUGGGUUGGAGCAUGUCUGAAAUAGACAGAUCUUGGCCGUCUAAGAGUCUCAGGAAUCAACAGAGCCCAGGCAAAUUGUCUGAUAAAAGAGGCCAAGACAGACAGAAGCUAUGGGUCUAUCUGGUAAGAGUUCACCAUCACUAGCACCUAAAAUCAAGUUGUUCUAGAAUCAGUAGGUAUCUAAUAGGUACUUCUGGGGUUCACAAACUCCAUUCUUCAUUGGUCCAGGAGACAGCUCAAAUGCACGGUGAACCAGGACACUGGCAUGACCUUGCAUGGAAAGUGGAAACAGUUACUUAUGAUCGAAACUAAGUUCAGUGAUUCUUGAGAAUAAUUUUUAAGAUAUACACAUCACAUCUAUAUUAUACAUAUAUAUGACAUUAAGAAGAAUCAAGAAAUCAUUAGGUAAAGAAAUGUGUGUGUGAAACACAAAUUCUGCUGUCAGGAGACCCUGAGUGACCUUGCCAUUGGCCUUGGGGCCCUUCUGCAUACAGAACAGUGACUUGUAUCCCUUGCCCUCUACCAUUCACAUUAGCAGCAUGUGCUCACGUCAUCAAUGCCUUCUCUUCUCCCUUCAUCAAUAUUUCUCACCCAGCUUGGUUCCAGGACACUUGCUCUCAUUAUUAGGUGUGAAUCAAACUGGCAAAAUUUUAUUUAAUGUUAAGGAAAUGAAUCCGUUCUCCUCCCCCACACUACCAAAAUACAUAAAACAUUGCCUCAAUGAAGGUGUGGGCUAAACUGUAAUUUCUAUCAAAGCAAUCUUUUUUUUUAAACACAGUUUUAAAGAUACAUUCAUCUAAGGUAGUUUGUAUACAGCCAAAGAUGUCAUACUAUUAAUUAUGAAUAUAUUUAAGAUAUAAACCAUCAGGCCAGGGAUAUAACUCUGUUGGUACAGGGCUUUCCUAGCGUAUCUGAAGCCCUGGGUUAGAUCCCCAGCAUCACAUAAACUAGGUAGGGUAGCAUAUGUCUUUAAUCCCAGCACUCAAGAGAUGAAGGCAGAAAGGUCAGAAGUUCAAGGACACGUUCAGCUACAUAACAAGUUGGAGACCAGCCUAGGCUACAUGAGACCUUGUGUUAACACAAAACAACAAAGCAAAACAAACAAACAAAAAAUAUCCAGCUGAUGUCUGAAUUUGUCUUCUUUUCUGGUCACCUGAUCAUUCUAAUUUAUAGGUGGAGAGUUAACUAAUUUAGCAAACAAUGCCUAGCUUUUCAAGCAUUUCAUCUAAUAUAGACACUCCAAAUGAUGGUUACUUAAUUUUCUUGAGACCUUUUAACUGUGGUAAUAACAAACCUUGCUUUCAAGCCUUAAUAAAUGUAAAAUGCCUUUUAAUGCACAUAGAUCUGAGUGUUUUCUUCAUGACCUCGAGUCAGUUACAAAUAUCUUCCUAGUCUUGACUGGUAUUGACUGAUUCCAAUAAAGUUGGUUUAUUUUCAAAUAUUACAAAA